UACUCUGUCAGUGUCUCUCUUUGGUAAGGAAAUGGGAACUCGAUCGAAUUUCUACAAGAACCCAUCCAUCUCUUACAACAAACACUUCAGUCUCUCUUCCGUUCUUCAGAACCUACAAGCUUACAAUACCGCCACCGGCAACGCUCCUCCAUCCGAUGAACUGCCAUCUAUUUCCGCCACUUCCUCCGUCGAAAAUACUCGCUCCCUCAAACGCCACCGCGAUCCCAAGCCUCCGAAAUCCCAGCCCGAUUGCGAUGUACCUAGCUCCAUGUCACACCGCGAUUACGUCCAAAAAAGAAGGGACGAAGUUGAUUCGUCUCGAAAUUGCGAUCGUGUAGAAUUGACUGAAGAUGUGUUGUUGCACUGCCGGGGAAACCCUAACUCUGCUGUAGCCUUGGUGGAUUAUGCUAGUGAUGAAGGUAGCCCUUCAGACCGUCAAGAAGCACACACUCCUCCCGAUACUACUGACCAAGAAAAAGAAUUUCAUGGAAUUAAAAGCAGAAGUGAGCAGCGCUUUCCUGUCAGUGGAGAACCUAUUUGUCUCAUAUGUGGCAGAUACGGAGAAUACAUAUGCAAUGAGACAAAUGAUGAUGUCUGUAGCAUGGAGUGCAAAAAGGAGCUUUUGGAAACUCUGAAAUUGAAUGAGGGAUCCUCCCAUAUCCAAGUCAGACAUUUCUCCUCAUCUGGAAUUAGUAAUGUAUCGCUGGAGCCUGUAUUUAGUGAUGAUAACUGGGAUUAUGAUCGGCAUCGCUGGACAAAAAAGAGAUCUAGCCUUUCAACAUAUGAAUGUUGGAAAUGUCAUAGACCUGGGCACCUAGCUGAAGACUGUCUAGUAAAGAGUUGUAGCCAGAUCACACCAUCAAGUAAUAGAUCUAGUUCCAUUCCCAAGGAUCUUCUUGGACUGUAUAGAAGAUGCCAUCAAAUUGGCAGAGACUUGUUGGCUGCAAACUGUAAUGUGUGCCGUAACUCAUCAAAUUUGGCUACUUGCCUUGAUUGUAGUGUAGUCCUUUGUGACCGGGCAGGACACUUGGAUGAACAUAUAAAGACACACCCAUCUCAUCAAAAGUGUUACUCACACAAGCUAAAACGUCUGGUAAAAUGCUGCAAGUCAACAUGCAAUGUCACUGACAUCAAGGAUCUUUUGAUUUGCCACUACUGCUUUGAUAAAGCCUUUGAAAAGUUCUAUGACAUGUAUACCGCAAUGUGGAAGGAGGCUGGGCUUUCAAUCAUAUGGGGUUCUAUAUGCUGUGAAGAUCACUUCACCUGGCAUAGGAUGAAUUGUUUGAAUGCAGAUGUGGAAGUUAAUGCAUAUAUUUUUAAAAAUGACGGUCUAAGAGGUAAACCUAGGCAACUUAGUGACUUCAUUUUUUGAUGGUUGAGACACUCGCUCAGUUUGUCCUGGAAGAAUUUGAGCUUCACUUUGAAGAAUGUGUGCGGUUUAAGGGACAUAAUGCAAAUGUAAAGAUUAAAAGAUAUAUAUAGAAAAUACAUUAAUUUUGUAUCCUUAGAAACAUAAUCAUGUAUCUGCUUUUAAAUGGAAACAUAUACAUGUCUUUCUAUC